AUGGAGAAAAAAUAUUCUCUUUGGAAUAAGGGAUUAACUCAAAUAAAAGAAAGAGAAGAAAAAUUAGAAGAAAUGGAACAAGUUUUGGGGGAAGGAUUUACGAGACAUAAAGAUGAUGAAGCUUUAGAUAAACAUUUAAAAACACAAUUACGUUCAGAAGACCCUAUGGCAGAAUAUUUUCAUGUUAAAAAUCAUAAAAUACAAAUGAGGACAGGAAUUGUUUAUCCAACAUAUAAAGGCCAAUGCCCACCAAAUCGUUAUGAAAUUAAACCAGGUUAUAGAUGGGAUGGUGUUGAUCGUUCUAAUGGUUUUGAAUCAAAAAUGUCUUUGGAAAAGAAUAAAAAGAUUGCACAUAAGGAAUUAACUUAUCGAUCUAUUGCUGAAUGUGAAUAA